GAACGCGAUUUUGAUUGGUCAAAAUAAAUCAAAUAGGCCAUUCGAAAAUAGGCGGCCAUUUCGGAAGGUUUAAACAGGGAUUUACUCCUGUGAAAGAAGCUGCCUUCAUCCAAGAUGAGUUUUGAUUUCACCUUGCCACUGUGUAAAGAUGACUUGUUGAACAGAACAGGUGCCAGCCAGUAUGUGGUAGAUGAAGUCUACAGUAUCAGGCAGCUGCCGGGCAAGCUGCAGGAAUGUAGAAGUGCUUUCAGAGCCAAGGGACCAAGAGCCAUGUUAGAGGCCUUUGAUUCACUUUUCAGUGUUCUUACACAUCAGCAUAACAUUGAGUUUGGACUGAGGGAAGAAACGUGGGAACUUUUACUGAAAGUGAUGACAGCACACUGCAGUCAACUUCCAGCUGUCCUGGAUGGAGAACUGGACAGUACUGACCGCUUGGACCACUUGAACAUCCUGAAGAUGACCACAUACCUGCUGUGCCAGUUUGUGGAGAGUUUUGAGGCUGAGGCAACCAAACCUAGCGUGAACGCUGCAACAAAGGGGCGUGGCAAGGCAAAGAAGAAGGAAGUACUGACAGGUUGGGACUGGGAGGCGGAGCGUGAGAAGAGUGUGCAGACGCUGCUCCAGGUGCUGCAGCUGAACCUGAACAGAUUGUGGGACCCGCCUGUGGCAGAGGAGGAGUUUGUGAACCUGGUCACCUGCUGCUGCUACAAGCUGCUGGAGAACCCCAGUGUCACCAAGAACAGAGUCUCCAAAGACGCCAUCUUCCACCUCCUGGGGACCAUGGUCAAGAAAUAUAAUCAUGGUCUUGGGGCCAGCUUGAAGAUCAUUCAGCUGUUACAGCACUUCGAGCACCUGUCCAGCCCCCUAGCCCAGGGUCUGGAGCUCUUUGUGACGGAGCUGGGGUUAAAGGGGGUGGUGGGUGAGAUCAUGAGGGAGCUUGGCAAGAUGGACCCCCGGGACCUGGCUCGGGACAACUCCGGGACGCGGGCUUAUGCAGCUUUCAUGGUGGAGCUAGCAGAGAGGAUCCCAGAAGUUAUGCUGCCCAAUAUUAGCGUGCUUAUACCUCUGUUGGAUGGGGAGUCCUACUCCAUGCGUAACGGGGUACUGGGAGUACUUGGGGAGAUCUUAGUGAAGGUACUCAGCAAAGAAGACCUGGAUGCCAACUUGAAAAACACUAGGGACCAGUUUCUGGAUAAGUUGGAAGACCAUAUCCAUGACGUCCAUGCAUUCGUCCGUAGCAAAGUCCUUCAGGUUUGGCUGACUGUCGUGAACGAGAAGGCCCUCCCUCUGCCUCGGCAGCACCACCUGGUGGAUCUUGUGAUAGGGAGGCUUCAGGAUCGGUCCAGCCAAGUGCGUAAAUAUGCUGUACAGCUGAUCACUGCUUUACUGAGGAGUAACCCCUUUGCUGCUAAGUUGUCUGUAGAAGAUCUGAAGGAGAAUUAUGAGAAGGAAAGAGACAAAUUGAAGGAAAUGAUGCCCGAGACACUGGAAGAAUCUGGAGAAGCGGAAGAUCCUCUGGCUGGGUGGAAGACCAUGGAGCCAGAGCUGAUGGCGGCCAUUGUUAAGGUGUUGGAGCAGCCCAAAGAUGGAGAUGAGGAAGAAGAGAACAUUGAAGAAGAAAUGCUGAUUGAAGAAAGCGAAACAAUUGAAAGUGUAGUGGAAAGGAUUCACAGUCAUAUAAAGGCCCAGGAAGCAGAAAAGGCUGUUCGUCUACUGCAGGUUGCCCUGGAAGCCUGGCCCACUUAUGAAUUGUUUCUUAUAGAAGAAGAAGGAAGAGAUGAAGAGAAAGAUGAACAAGAAGAGGAUGAAGUAGAAGUUCAGAAGUCAAAAUUAUUGAAAUGUUUACAAGCUGUGUUCAUUAGCGAAGAUGAAAGCACAGUUGCUGCUCUAGCCAGGGUCACUGAAGCUGCCCAGGAGCAGCAAGAAGCGCCAGAGACGGCCAUCGUCAACGAGGUCUCCAAGCAACAGGUCUUGGUACAGUAUCUCAAGGACACCAUGACAUUUGUGUCACAGAUCCAGACGGCCACCCCCGUCAUCUGUCAACUGCUGGGCUCCAAAAAUGUCACCGACGUCAUGGAAGCUAUUGAGUUUUUUGUCACUGGGUUUGAGUUUGGAGUCAGUAAUGCCAUGACGGGUAUUCGCCGCAUGUUGGCCCUGGUCUGGUCUAAGGAGGCUGGUAUCAAGGAAGGUGUGGUGGAUGCAUACAAGAGACUCUACCUCAGACCUCAGGGGGGAAAUCAGAGAGCCAAGUCCCUGGCCAUUGUUAACAACCUGGUGGCUCUGUGUCAGGGAGCAAGUGUUGGAGAUCUCACCUCCCUAGAGGAGCUGAUUGCGGAGUUUGUCAAGUCGGAGGACCUAGGCCACGGUGUUAUCCAGAUGUUGUGGGAGAAGUUCACCCUGAAGAUCCAGGGGACCACAGCCGAGGAGAGCAGGCUGGCUCUGGUCCUGCUGGGGAUGGCUGCUGGGGCCCAGGUGGACAUCAUCCACUGUAAUGUGGAGGUGCUGCUGAAGGAGGGGCUGGGACCCAGGGCAGAGGAGGACUUCCAGCUGGUCAGGGACACCUGCCUGGCACUGCAGAAAAUAGCAGCACACAACAAGACCAAGCCAGGGCAGGCCGCUGCAGAACCUUUCAGGUUUCCCCAGCAGCAUGCCAUAUUCCAGAGACUGGCAGACAUCAUUGUCAAUGGCGUGACCAAGCUGGAGGACUGCUACUGGAUCCCAAUGGCGGAGCAGGCCGUGAACACGACCUACAAACUGGCCGAGCACCCAGACGCCAUUUGUGGGACUCUCAUAAAGAGGCUGGCAGAUGUGGUCAUGAAGAUGAACCAGACGAACAACAAGAUGGCGUCAGAGGAGAACAAGGUUGAAGAGAAAAUUGAAGAUCAUACUGAGGGCAAAGGUGAAGGUGAAAAUGAAGUUGAAGAUCACACUGAAGGUGAAGGUCAAACAGAGCCAAGUCAAGGCCAGGACCUCCCUCUCAGCCAGAACAAGGAGUUCACCUGUCCCUCAGGUGUACUGACUCGAUUGCUGUCCCUGGCGGGCCACGUGGCACUGCGCCAACUGGUGUUCCUGGAUAACAGCGUGAUGGGGGAGCUGAAGAGGAGAAACAUGCUCCGAGAGGCCGACAGCGGGAAGAAGAAAUCUAAGGACACCACUGUUAAUACUACUGCUAGCUCUAAUACAACUAAGGACACUACUCAGCAGGAGUCUAUAGAGGAGGAGCUGGGACUGACUGGAGCCACUGCUGACGACGCUGAGGCCGAGUACAUCAGGAAGAUAUGUGAGACUGACAUUGUGACAGGUCGUAAUCUAUUGGCCAUACUGCGCCCUCUACUGGUGGCUGUAUGCAACAACCAGGUCAAGUACCCAGAUCCUGAACUACGAACUGCAGCUACAUUGGCUCUGGCCAAAUUCAUGAUGGUUAGCUCCGAGUUCUGUGAGGCUCACUUACAGCUUUUGUUCACCAUCUUGGAAAAGUCCCAGAAUCCUGUUAUUCGCGCCAACACCAUCAUCACCCUGGGCGACUUGACUUUCCGCUUUCCUAACUUGAUUGAACCUUGGACUCCUCAUUUAUAUGCAAGGCUGCGCGACGACUCGCCGCAGGUCCGCAAGAACACCAUGAUGGUGCUGACCCAUCUGAUCCUGAACGACAUGGUCAAGGUCAAAGGUCAGAUCAGCGAGAUGGCGACCUGUCUGUGUGACCCUGACCCCAGGAUCGCUGGACUGGCCAGACUCUUCUUCCACGAGCUGUCCAAGAAGGGCAACGCAGUGUACAACAUCAUGCCGGACGUGAUCAGCAGGCUUUCAGACCCUGAUGUGGGUGUGGAGGAGGAGAACUUCAAGACAAUCAUGAAGUAUCUGUUCUCAUUCAUCCAGAAGGACAAGCAGUGUGAGAGUCUGGUGGAGAAACUGUGUCACAGGUUUAGAGCUACAAGGACCGAGAGACAGUGGCGCGACCUAUCAUUUUGCCUGUCCAUGCUGUCGUACAACGAGAAGAGCAUUCGUAAACUGCAGGAAAAUUUUGCUUGUUUUGGAGACAAGUUGCACGAGGAAGAAGUGUACAGCUGUUUCACCACCAUCAUCAGUGGAGCCAAGAAGUUUGCCAAGCCUGAGACCAAGGCCAUGGUUGAGGAGUUUGAGCAGAGGCUGGAGGAGUGCCACACCAAGGGGAUGGAUGACGAGGCCGCCAUGAUGAAGGCCACCAAGGCCUCUGCGGCAGCAGCAGCAGCGGGGGGGAGAAAGAACAGAGGGAAGACACCAGCCAAAACACCAGCUGCAGGAAAGGGUAAGAAGGGGCGUGGUAGGACAACGCGGAGGUUUGAGGACUCGGACGAGGAGUCGGACCAAGGCGGUGAGGGGGAGGAGGAGGGGGCCGAGACAGAGGAGGUUUCCAAUCCUGCUGCUAGAGGGCGGCAUAAGGCGGCUGGCAAGGCUAAACCAGCACUGGUGUUUAGUGACGACAGCGAUAUAGAACUUUAUGAUGUCUCGGGGAAAGAAGAGAAAACUGUGGAGGUAGAAGAAGAAGAAAAAGACAGCGAUGCAGAAAACACGAAUCCCAAUGUGGACAGUCCCUCUCCACUUCCCGUUCGAAAACCAAAAAAAUCAGUCUCCUGUCGGAGGCCGGAGGUCAUACCAAAACGAGGCACGAGGGCAUCACGAAGUCAGAAGUGCUAACAGUGGCUGAAUGUUUUAUUCUUACACGUUAUGUCUACUAAUGAAUAGACACAGCAGAGACAAUUUUAGCAAGAGCAUUUAGUGGUAGAGAGUUGUUAAUGUUUUUUAUUUAUUUUUUUUAAAGAAAAGACCUUUUGUUUAGUACUUGGAAUGGCUAUCAAAAAUGGAUAUGGUUUGAAAGAAUCAGGCAUGCUAUCACAUUCACAAAAAGGAUGUUUCUUUCACACUUUUUAUAUCUCAUAAACUGUUGGGUAAUUUAUGUCGUUAGUUGACUUUUAUGUCUUCAAGAAUGUAUUGACCUGUGCAGACACAGUGAAGGUCAGCCUCUUUGGCAUCACUGAAAAUAGUGAAUGAAUUGUCCUUAAGUUUAAGCGACUCUCCCCUUCCUCUCUCUCUCUGUCUCUCUGUGUGCUUCCGCACGUCUGGAUAUUUCCUGUUAUAAUGACUUAUUUUGUACCUAUUGGAAUACUUCACAUUUUUACAUAUGUUCUGUGGAUGGAUUAUUGAUAAAUAAUUUAAAUCUGAUAGAGAAUGUGUGAACGGUGUUAAUUAGAAGAAUGGUGUGAAAAGAUGUUGAAUGGAGAUUUUUUUAAAGACUUUAUUAGUGUCAACACAAUUUGUCUUGUGUCAGAAAUUAUAUAUACAUAUUCUGGAGAAUAUACCUGACUUGGUAUCAUUUUAUGUAUUAUAAUUAUUUUACAUGUGAAUUUUAGAAUAAAUCGUGUGUACAGUUUUA